CUAGGAGUCAACACUUACAGACUUGAAAUAACCAAGGGGACAAGGGGUCCUCGACCAAAUCCCCACAUAAUACAUAAUUUGUAGAUCUACAAAUAAAGUGACGAGUUCGACACUCCAAAUCAUUCAUUAGUAUUUUCAGAAGCUGAUGCGAUUAAGGUAUGGAGAAAUUACCGGCUGAUCUUUGCCUGAAAAUUUUCUGUUGUCUUGAUCAUCAGAAUCUUGCAGCUGCUCAAUUAGUCUGCAGGAAAUGGAGAAACUUAGCCUCGGAUGAUAUUCUAUGGUCUAAUCUCUUUAAUAAAAGAUGGGGCAUUGAUCAUGACCGCCCCACAUUUGAUUCUCCCGUCUGUUCGAAACCAUGGAAAGACAUCUACAUUGUUCAAGAACGUUGUCAUCGAUUUGGAUUGGGCUGGAAGAUUAUUAGGGAAGGAGAUGAUUAUUUCUUAAUUCAUAAAGGUGAGAUCCAACGGCAUCUAGUGUCGAGACGAAUGGAAUCUCGACCGUACAGGUGGCCUAACAGCAGAAAAGCAGAACCUGUGGAUGAUCAAACGCGCUCUAUCAUCGUGGAUAGUAUUAUUUUUGUCAUUGGGGACAUGGAGAAUGCUUCAAUGCAAUCAAAACGAAGUCGAUUGGUGUAGAUAUUUGUGUUCACUCCAGUUUAGAUGGGUUGUAAUGUGUUAUUUUUGUAUGUUCUAUUGCAAAAUAAACUGUGCGUGUUGCAUUAGUGUGCUUGACAGUGUUAUUCCCCCCUUUGAUUUUGAUAAACUGUGUAACAGUGCAAGAUUAUCCUGUCUGAUGCAGUUUUUGUAAAAAACUGAUUCAAAUUCUUUCAUCAAAUUCCUAAAUUGCCUCUCUAAUAUGGGUUCUAAGCUAAAUCAUUCAAAGGGGGCUAGCUUUUCAUGUACUGCCACUUCUAAUUUGUGCUGGU